UCAUGAAACACAUCAUUUGGCAACCCAUCACAGUUCCUCUCCAGCGAAGCUAAGCUACAGCCCCACUGCGUUUCCCAUCACUGCUGGAUAGAGCACCUUAGGAUAUAUACUAAACAUCUCAGGGCUGUAACAGAGGAGGGAAGGUGCACUCAGGAUGGUCACCAUUCCAGAGUACUACGAGGGAAAAAAUGUUCUCAUCACAGGGGCCACAGGCUUUAUGGGGAAAGUACUUCUGGAGAAGCUGCUACGCUCUUGUCCCGGUGUCAAAGCUGCCUAUGUGCUUGUCCGGCCCAAAGCAGGACAUGCCCCCGAAGCCCGUAUUGCUGACAUGAUCAACUGCAAGCUUUUCGACAGACUGCGAGAGGAGCAGCCCGAUUUCGCAGAGAAGAUCGUGGCGGUCAACAGCGACCUAACACAGCCAGAUCUGGACCUGAGCACAGAAGACCAGGAGACUCUCACGGGCUGCAUUAACAUAGUGUUUCACUGCGCUGCCACUAUCCGCUUCAACGAGCCUCUGAAAGAUGCCAUGCAGUUGAAUGUGCUGGCCACACAGAAGAUGGUUAACCUGGCUCACAGAAUUAAGCAUUUGGAGGUGUUUAUCCACGUGUCCACAGCCUACGCCCACUGUGACCGAGAGCUCAUUGAAGAGGUGGUCUAUCCACCACCUGUCGAUUACAGGAAGCUCAUAGACACACUUGACUAUUCCAAGCAGGAAAAGGGCUGGAUAGAUAAUUUCAACGGGCCGAGUGGGAUAUUCAUCGCUGCAGGAAAGGGGAUUCUACGAACAAUGAGGGCUUCAAAUAACGCUGUCGCUGACCUCGUGCCAGUCGAUGUGGUCAUAAACACCACUUUGGCCGCUGCCUGGUAUUCCGGUUCCCAGAGACAUGCCAGGCCGAGAAGUAUGUUGGUGUACAACUGCACGACAGGCGGGAUCAAUCCAUUUCACUGGGGUGAAGUUGAGUACUGCAUAAACAUGACGUUCAAGACCAACCCCUUAGAACAGGCUUUCAGACGCCCCAAUGUUAACCUGCGAUCCAACCCUUUUACCAAUCAGUACUGGACCACAGUGAGUCACACCCUUCCUGCACUGCUGUAUGACGGGUUUCUCAUGUUGACGGGUCAGAAGCCCCGGAUGAUGAAGACAAUCACUCGGUUGCACAAGGCCAUGAUGGUGCUGGAGUACUUCACGAGUCACUCAUGGGUGUGGAACAUGGACAACGUUACCAUGCUCAUGAACCAGAUGGGAUCUGAGGACAAGAAGGCAUUUAACAUUGACGUCAGGCAGUUACACUGGGCAGAAUACAUGGAGAAUUACUGCAUGGGCACUAAAAAGUAUGUUCUCAAUGAAGAGUUGUCAGGACUCCCGGCGGCACGCAAACACUUGAACAAGCUGCGGAACAUUCGCUACACUUUCAACACCAUCUUGGUAGUCUUCAUCUGGCGCAUUUUCAUCGCCCGUUCGCAGAUGGCCAGAAACAUCUGGUACUUCGUCGUCAGCUUGUGCUUCAAGUUCCUUUCCUAUUUCAGAGCCUCCAGCACCAUGAGAUACUGAAUCCACCCCAUCUGUCCUUUCCCACCCCCCUCUCCCGAUGGCUAUGCACACACUUCUGCUUUGUGAUACUCCAGACUCUGAGGGUCAAGUGUACAGGCGUAGUAUCCGCUAUCCUCCCUUCCUGUGUAAAUGCGUCCUCAACAUCACAGGGUGCAAGUGCACUCAACUGCUAUGUAGAAAAGCAUGAAUUGUCAGGGCUCGAGGUCUAUGAAGCUCUCUCAGCACAAUGAGAGCGACUGCGUUCGUGCCGAGAGCGUUUGAGCACUUACUGUACCUGUUGCACAUCCUGAACGCAAACAGGUUAUGGGCGACUCUUGAUUAUUAUGGUUUGCAUACCUGCUCAUUCUUGUUGGCGGCAUUGGCCCCUUUCCAACUGUAAUCAACGAAGCACAAGGAGGGGGAAAAAAUGAGAGAUGGCUUUGUCUCAGCUCUGUGCCUACAAUUUAAAAAUGACCUUCAUCAUGUGCCCGAUGUCUUUAUUCGAUUCAUGUCUUUUGCCUUACUUCUUUCCGAUACCUCUUACCAUCUUUGAGACGAAAGUGAUUGAUGGGUCACCAAAUAAUAAGCGUCUCGAGUGUCUGAUUCCAGGCCUUAUGUUUGUCUUCAAAAUCUCUUCUUCAGUCAAUACCAAAAUGUUAUCUUGAAAUACAUUUUUUAUGUACUACUUGACGUUUUUAUGAAAGCAAUCAACCGCUUUUAGUCAAAAUUUCUCUGAUAUUAAUAAACGUGUUCGUUUUCCCCAGAAAUGCUAGAAAAGGCAAGCCUCAGUUUGUUCACCUGCUUAAACCUGUUGCCUUUUAUGAAUUAUGAGGCUUAUUAAUAGUGCUGUCAAAACGAAUAAUC